AACCUUAAAGGCCAUCUUGGACUGAAGUACUAGCCAAGAACACAGGCUAGCCAAGACCACAGGCAACUCUUCAUUUUCCUGCAAAUACAGAGAAAAAAACAAAAAACCAACUUUUUUUUUUAAAAUCCUUUUCAUGCUUUUAGUUGCAUAGUUUGAUCAUCAGGAACAGCAGCAUGGUUAUUCAAAUUCCUGAGAAACUGAAAUCCUUUUUCAACAACAAAUGGGUAGUUUUUGUAGCCUCAAUGUGGGUUCAAUCUUGUGCAGGAAUUGGGUAUCUUUUUGGAAGCAUAUCUCCAGUGAUAAAAAGCACCAUGGGUUAUAAUCAAAGGCAAGUGUCUAUGCUGGGUGUGGCCAAAGAUUUAGGAGAUGCUAUUGGUUUCAUUGCUGGGAGUUUGUGUGAAAUUUUGCCAAUUUGGUCGGUUUUACUGAUCGGGGUUGUGCAGAACUUUAUUGGGUAUGGUCUGGUUGGACUCAUUGUCGUAGGUGCUUUGCCUGCUCUGCCUCUUUGGGUGCUAUGCAUUUUGAUAUUUGUCGGAACAAAUGGUGAGACGUACUUCAAUACAGGAGCUCUUGUUUCUUGUGUUCAGAACUUCCCCAAAAGCCGUGGUCCAGUCGUUGGCAUACUAAAGGGAUUUGCUGGCUUAAGUGGUGCAAUUCUUACUCAAAUAUAUGCCAUGAUGAACUUUCCCAAUCAAGCAUCACUAAUCUUUAUGGUUGCUGUUGGUCCGACUGUCAUUAUAAGUGCUCUCAUGUUCAUUGUUCGACCAGUUGGAGGUCACAAGCAAUUUAGACAAAGUGAUAAUUCAAGCUUCUUGUUUACUUAUAGUAUUUGCCUUGUUCUAGCUGCUUAUCUCUUGACAGUAUUGGUACUUGAAGAUUUGGUCAGUCUGAACCAGACAUUGAUCAUAAUAUUAACUGUUAUUUUAAUUGUUCUCAUUUUACUUCCUAUUGCAAUCCCCAUUAUGUUGGUUUUCUUCUCGCAACCAAGACCCACAACAGAAGAGAGCCUUCUUCUUGAUCCCCAGAAACAGGAAGCUGGUAAAAUGGGACAGGAUGAGAAUGAGGUAAUUUUCAGUGAGGUGGAAGAUGAGAAGGCCUCGGAUGUUGAUUCACUUCCAGCAUCAGAGAGGCAUAAAAGAAUUGCUCAUUUGCAAGCUAAACUGUUUCAAGCAGCUGCAGAAGGAGCUGUAAGGGUUAAGCGGAGAAAAGGUCCUCGUAGAGGAGAGGAUUUUACUUUGUUGCAGGCACUUGUGAAGGCAGAUUUCUGGCUUAUUUUUAUCUCAUUGGUACUAGCUUCUGGUUCUGGGUUGACAGUGAUUGAUAACCUUGGUCAGAUGUGCCAAUCCCUUGGUUACAGCAAUACUCACAUCUUUGUCUCAAUGAUUAGCAUUUUUAAUUUCCUUGGUCGUAUUGCUGGAGGAUACUUCUCUGAGAACAUUAUAAGACACUAUGCAUACCCAAGACCAGUGGCAAUGGCUGUGGUUCAGGUCGUUAUGGCAAUUGCACUUUUCUUCUAUGCUAUGGGUUGGCCUGGGGCAAUUUAUGUAGUCUCGGUGCUUAUUGGACUUGGAUAUGGGGCACACUGGGCAAUCGUGCCAGCUGCAGUGUCUGAAUUGUUUGGAUUGAAAAGCUUCGGUUCCUUGUAUAAUUUCCUGACAUUGGCAAGCCCAGCUGGCUCUUUAAUCUUUUCUGGUGUUAUUGCCAGUGGAAUAUAUGACUAUGAGGCCAAGAAACAACAUCAGAUGCUGGAUCCCAUAGGACGUGCUGAGGAAGCUGAGUCACUCACUUGCUAUGGCACCAUAUGCUACUCAAUCACUUGUGGAAUCAUGUCAGGACUCUGUGCAAUUGCUGUCGUCCUGAGUCUGAUUGUUGUUCAUCGAACGAAGAGGGUCUAUGCCCAACUUUAUGCAAACCCUCAGACUUGAUCUGCCUUUAGAUUCAACGGAUUACGGUCUUGGUGCCUGCAUGAGUUAGGUGAUUUCCUGCAUUGGUUUAUUGGAGGGUUGGAGAUACUUCCAAGCACCUACUUCUUUACAAGCAUUUUCUUCAGCAGUAAGGGUUCUUUUUUGAUUGCUCUAAGCUGAACCGUUAUGGUCUGGAUUUGCAAAGACGGAAAGACUUGGGAACAUGCCCGUUGAAAUUUUAUGCUCAAUGGAAGUUAAAACCAUGGAGGCCUUCCAAACUGUUUUCUUGCAGGUCUUGAAUGUUUUGUUCAUAUGUAAAACUUGUGUUGUGUCAUUUAUUGCAGUGAAGAUGAAUAAAUUAUUGCCAAUGUUUAAUUUGGAUACAUUGUUACAGAGAUCAACAGGAUGUCUUAAGUGAUGUAAAAGCAACCAAACGUUGUAUUACAAUAAUGUUAUGAAACGUGUUAUCAUUUGCCUUCUUUA